AUGGCUGCCCAGCCAAAGAAGCGAACACCUGUCAUGGAAAUCAGCGAUGGAGGUCUCGGCCUCGGCCUUGCUGCAUUCAUUGCGAACGGCGAGGAUUUGGGUCCCAUGAUCCGGCAAGGAUUCGACUGCGGCAAACCUGAAGCCCUCAUGCAGAGCCUCAGGGGCAUUGUGAAGAAGAAAGAAGUUGAGAUUGAAGAGCUAUGCAGGCUUCACUACGAGGAUUUCAUCCUCGCCGUCGACGAGUUACGUGGUGUGAUGGUCGACGCCGAGGAGCUGAAGAGCAUGUUAUCCGCCGAGAACUCGCACCUCCAGGAAGUAUCGACUGCCGUGCUGCUGAAGCUUGAUGAGCUUCUUGAGGCAUGCUCAAUCAAGAAGAACGUAGGAGAUGCCUUGAAAAUACUCAAGAUAUGUGUGAAAGUCAUUAGCCUGUGCAUGGCAUGCAACAAUUACAUCGCAGAGGCCAAGUUUCGUCCAGCACUCAAGACUUUGAACCUGAUUGAGAAUAGCUACCUGCAAAAUAUCCCCGUGAAGCUUCUUAAAAUGGUUGUCGGGAGACAAAUACCGCUGAUAAAGCUGCACAUUGAGAAGAAAGCUUGUGGCGAGUUCAAUGAUUGGCUUGUUCAUAUCAGAAGAAUGGCUAAGCAGAUCGGGCAGGUGUCCAUAAGUCAUGCCUCUUUGGCUCGCCAAAAGGAUGAGGAAAUACGUGCUCGGCAGAGAGAGGCUGAAGAGAAUAGCCACGCUGGACCAGAUGAACAUAAGUAUACCUUGGAUUUGGAGAAUACAGAUGAGGAAACGGCGCUUGAUUUUGAUCUCACGCCAGUGUAUCGAGCGCAUCACAUUCACAUGUGCCUCGGUAUUGGAGAGAAGUUCAGAGAUUAUUACUACAAGAACAGGCUCAUGCAACUCAACCUGGAUAUGCAGAUUUCCACUUCACAGCCCUUCCUUGAGUCCCAUCAACCUUUUCUUGCACAGGUAGCUGGAUUUUUUAUUGUUGAAGAACGUGUCCUUCGAACCGCAGAUAAAAUACUGACGCAGAGCCAAGUUGAAGCAACAUGGGAGACAGCCAUUGGUAAGAUCACAUCUAUAUGUGAGAAUCAGUUUUCUCGCAUGGGUACUGCCAGCCACCUCCUCCUCGUAAAAGACUAUAUCACUCUUCUAGCCGCAGUUCUGAUGAAGUAUGGCUAUCAAACCAGGCCAUUGAUUGAUAUUCUCGAUAAAAGCAGGGACAAAUACCACCAACUGCUUCUGACUGAGUGCCGGAAGCAGGUAGAUGACGUCCUUGCUAAUGACUCAUAUGAGCAGAUGCUUAUAAAAAAGGAAUACGAGUACAACAUGAAUGUCACAGCAUUUCAUCUGGGGCCAAGUGACGUACUCCCGGAUUUUCCAUAUUUGGCGCCAUUCUCCGCUUCUGUUCCAGAUGUUUGUCGUAUUGUUCGGUCCUUCAUUGAGGAUUCUGUCAGCUACUUGUCCUAUGGUGGUGACAUGAACCUCUAUGACGUGGUAAAACGUUACCUAGACAGGCUACUCAUUGAGGUAUUGAACAACUGUCUUCUGAACAGGAUGUAUGCUCGCUCAUUGGCCAUGUCACAGAUGAUGCAACUCGCAGGAAAUAUUUCUGUUCUCGAGCAGGCUUGUGAUCUGUACCUCUUGUACUCUGCUCAACAGUGUGGCAUUCCCAAGCGCGUUGCUGAGAGGUCUCGUUCUAGUUUGACUGCUCGAGCUGUCCUGAAAGCCUCCCAGAAUGCAGCAUAUAAUGCUUUAAUAAACAUGGCUAAUUCCAAGAUCGAUGAGUUUAUGGUGCUCUUGGACGAUGUCAACUGGAUAGUGGAGGAAAGCCCGGACAAUGCAAAUGACUAUAUGAACGAAGUUCUUAUUUAUCUUGAAACACUUGUAUCCACAGCUCAGGAGAUUUUACCACAAGAAGCUCUUUACAAGGUUGUUUCUGGUGCAAUGAGCCACAUCUCGGACUCUAUAAUGGCAACACUUCUUAGCGACGGUGUGAAAAGGUUCACUGCGAGUUCAGUUUCAGGCCUGGACAUGGACUUGAAUUUGUUGGAGGCAUUUGCAGAUGAAAAAUUUCACAUCACCGGGUUGGCAGAUUUGGGAAAGGAAACAACAUUUAGAGAUCGUUUGGUUGAGAUAAGGCAGCUCGUCAAUCUUCUGCUCAGCAGCCAACCUGAGAAUUUCAUGAAUCCGGUGAUAAGGGGGAAGAACUAUGGAUCGCUGGACUUCAAAAAGGUUGCCAUUGUUUGUGAGAAGUUCAAGGACUCAGCAGAUGGGCUGUUUGGAAGCCUUUCCAACCGCAACACUAAGCAGACUGCUCGCAAGAGGUCCUUGGAUGUUUUGAAGCGAAGGCUUAAGGAUUUUGGCUAA